AUGACAACUCAGCAAAAUGGCACCGUCUUUGUUGAGAUUUCAGACUUCCUCCUGAAUUGUUUUGUGAGGUCCCCAAGCUGGCAGAUCUGGCUGUCCUUACCCCUCAGCCUCCUCUUCCUCCUGGCCAUGGGGGCCAAUGCUAUUCUCCUCAUCACUAUCCGACUGGAGGCCUCCCUGCACGAGCCCAUGUACUACUUGCUUAGCUUUCUCUCCAUGCUGGACAUCGUACUCUGUCUCACUGUCAUCCCGAAGGUCCUGGCCAUCUUCUGGUUUGACCUCAGGUCCAUCAGUUUCUCUGCCUGCUUCCUCCAGAUGUACAUCAUGAAUUGCUUCCUGGCUAUGGAGUCCGGCAUAUUCAUGAUCAUGGCCUAUGACCGCUAUGUUGCCAUCUGCCACCCACUGCGGUACCCAUCCAUCAUCACUGACCGAUUUGUGAUCAAGGCUGCCAUUUUUGCUUUGGCCAGGAAUGUCCUCAUGACCUUACCCAUUCCUAUCCUGUCAGCACGACUCUACUAUUGUGGGGAAAAUAUCAUUGAGAACUGCAUCUGCGCCAAUAUGUCUGUGUCCAGGCUCUCCUGUGAUGAUGUCACCAUCAAUCGCAUCUACCAAUUUGCUGCAGGCUGGACCCUACUAGGAUCGGACCUCAUCCUUAUCUUCCUCUCCUACACGCUCAUACUUCGAGCUGUGCUGAGACUCAAGGCAGAGGGGGCUAUGACCAAGGCCCUAAGCACAUGUGGCUCCCACUUCAUCCUCAUCCUCUUCUUCAGCACCAUCCUCCUGGUCUUCAUCCUCACUCAUGUGGCUAAGAAGAAGGUGUCCCCUGAGAUACCAAUCUUACUCAAUGUUCUUCACCAUGUCAUCCCUGCAGCUCUCAACCCCAUUGUUUAUGGGGUGCGCACCCAGGAGAUUAAGCAAGGAAUUCAAAGAUUACUGAAGAAGGGUUGGUAA